AUGUAUAUUGGACUGGUAACUCAAUGUGUUUCCAUAAUUUUGAUUUGGGUUGGACUCUGUACCUCUCGGUGGGCCUGUGGAGAUUUAGUCAGAGGUUGCAAAUCGCGUGAAUAUAAAAAUAUCCACUAUAUCCUCUUUGCUGGAGCUGGAUGUGUCAGCCUUGCCUUUCUACUAGAUAUUUUCCGUUGUUUCUGUGUGAAGAAAGUGCUUGAAAUCAUUCGUUUGAUCGUUCAAUUUGCUGGAGGGGUUCUCAUGCUUAGUGGCCUCAUUAUGUACUACUCACUUCAAAGCAACCAGCUUUCAGGUUUUCUCACUACCAUGGGCUCUACGGCCUUUAUUUUCGUUUCUGUUUUUGGAAUUGCCGAUCUGGUUCUCCUGGAACGUAUUGGGUAA